AUGUCCCACGGUGUUCAAGUCACCGCUCGCCAACUAUGGGGUCACCUGAGCACUCCAGCCGUGAGUCAGACGGCCUCCAGUGCGUGGUGUACGCCUCUGAUUCUACCCAGCGGGGGAAUUUUUGUCUUUGACAAUGAUCAGACCAGUACCCUACAGGCCAAGGUCACCUUUAUGCUUCCAUGCGAAAACCCAGAUCCCAUCAUUAGCCCCGACACCACCGGUAACUCCUCAGUCAUCGGCUUCCAGGAUCCCUUCUAUGCGUCGAUAUCGCCGCAGAUAUUUGCCCUUGCUACCGCGACCGUAAUCAGCUACGUCUUGGUCAUCCUGAUUUUCAUUACUCCCAGGACUUUUUUCGUGGGAGGGCCGGGUGGCGGAGCGAGGUUACUGGGGCGUCGCGGUGUCAUCACAGGCACAUAUGGAUCGUCUUCCAUAGUGGGUGUUGGGCGCAGGCCACUGCUACAAAAGAUUGCAACAGUCACCGUGGCCGUUUCUCUGACGAUAGCCACCGCGGAUACAUUUUCGGUCGCAGAAAAUCAGUACAAUGAAGGUUACAUGGACUCCAAUCAGCUGGUCGACAACGUCGUGAGGAGCCUCGAAAUUCGCAUUAUCCGGGUCAUAUCGGACACAUUUCUAUGGCUCGCGCAGGUACAAACGCUCAUUCGCUUGUUCCCUAGACACAAGGAGAAGGUCACCAUCAAAUGGCUCGGGUUUGCAAUGGUUUCUUCCGACACAAUCUUCAGCAUCUUGGAUUCCUUUGUCAGUGACAACGCGAGAACACGUCCACGAAGUUUCUCAGAUGCCAUACCCGCCCUGAACUACUUGUUUGAACUGGCCAUCUCCCUAAUCUACGCCUCGUGUGUGGUCUAUUAUUGUCUUUCCAAACGGCGUUUCGCAUUCUGGCAUCCGAAGAUGAAGAACAUCUGUCUGGUUGCGUUACUGUCUCUGAUAUCUGUUGUCAUUCCAGUGGUGUUUUUUGUGCUGGACAUAUCUCAACCCGACCUGGCGGGCUGGGGUGAGUAUAUCCGAUGGGUCGGUGCAGCCGCGGCCAGCGUUGUCGUUUGGGAAUGGGUAGAACGGAUAGAGUCCCUGGAGAGGGACGAGAGAAAAGAUGGAAUUCUUGGGAGGGAAGUAUUCGACGGCGAUGAGAUGCUUAAUAUGACUUCCUCGGACGAUGCAAGUUGGCAUGGCCAUGGUCGGAGCACCGGUCAAGAGGGUGGGCUUCGCAAGACCAUAGGCGACGGCAUGCUUUCGAGGUACAAUCGGCUCCGUGUCCGGCUUCCACUACGGAAACGGCGCAAAACGGCGCCUCCAGAUGGUAUCAACACUGGGGCGGACGCGCUGAACCCGACCGGACAACGUUCGGCACCGCAUAAUCAGCUUGUUAUCCAGGAAGAGCGCAUGCCGCCUCCCAGCAGGACCGGCACCGGGAGCACCGGAAGUACAGUUUAUGCAAUUCGUUACCACAAUCCCACAAGCCCAUCGCCGAACUUCCUACAGAACAUGCAUUCUCGGCCGGCAAGCGAUGCAGCCAUUGACGCCGCAGUGGACGCGUCAUCCGAGCAUUCAGCCUUGGAUUCCUUACCCUCCACCGCCGACAAAGAGAUGGUCUUGGAACCUGUGAUCUUGGCACCAAGCGAGACUUUCAACCGACAAAGGUGGCAUUCUGUGACCAGCCCAUUCAAGCGCCGAAGGGCUGAACCUCCAGCAGAAGUAGCCGAUGCACAGAUCGCCAGUGGCAUCAGACGUUCACCAAUUGAUCGCAGUCUGAACUUGCGUGGUCGACUUGGGGCAUUUGCUUCCGCACAAAAGGAGCGGUUUGCUCACCGAGGGAGUCUUCCGGCAGUCUCUUUGCCGGUAACUGUGAUUCCCGCCCCGAAGGGUGACGAGCGGACUUGGUCGCCGGAUGACUUGUGUGAUGGUCCGACCAUCGACGCGGCAAUCCCGACGGACAGCAGGAAUACGUCCUCUGCAAGUCAAGGAACUGGUGAUGGUCAAGGAGGGCCUGAUGGCCCUGCUUCAGUGGUUAACAUACCAGCUCCAAUACAAGGCCGGACUUGGUCUCCGGACAGUCUGCUUAAUUCCGCGACCAGCCAUUCUCGCCAGCAUGGUGACGGAAACGUUCAACAUCCCGACAGUGUAGCCACACCGCCAACGGCGCUCGUGUCUCGUACUGCUUCCGGAAGUCAUGAUGGCACGACAGCUGCAGAAUGCUUCACGACGUCGGCAACGGGAACAAGCUCGAGCCAGGCAGGAGAUAUUGCUCACUCUAUUACACCACGACCGACUGCUUACAAGCCAUCCUCGAAUAUCGCUCCGAUCGCAGAGCACUCCACAGAGGAAGAUACUGGAGAACUCGUUCAGGACCAUGACCCGCUGCGUGAGAACAGGACCACUCCACGGCCAUUGAGCCCUCAUCGAAUAGCCGAUCCAGAGACCAAUACUAUUCCAAAUAUGGCCGCGGGGGCAGACGCAGAAGCGAACAUAUCAGCUCUUCAGCCUUCACCAGCUGUGGUGGUGGCGGGGAAUUCGACGGGGGACAAUCAGCUUGGGCAGGUGGAGCAGGAUUCGGACGUCUCAGAAGACGGAAGAGAUACCGGUGGCACAUGA